GGUCGUCAGUGAGGAAUUAAUUAUUUGCAACGUAAGAAAAUUAAAGAAUGUCAACCUCCACCGAGCCCCUCGAGAUCCGCGCCAUCCUUUUCGAUUUCAUGGGCACAUGUCUAGACUGGCACGGCUCACUCCUCCCGCAUCUUCUCCCCCUCCCCUCCCAUCCCUCCUACCCCUCCGAACUCGCUUCCAAAAUCCAAUCCGACUUCCUCCUCCAAUGGCGCCAAUCCUACUUCGACGCCAACACCCUCCGCAUCUCGCACAAUCUGCCCGUCGAAAACAUCGACGUCACCCACCUCUCCACCCUAGAAACCCUCCUCCUCACCCCAACCUAUUCCCCCUGGUCCCCCUCCUUCACAGCUCCCAUCAAAGACUCCCUCAUCCAGACAUGGCACCAUCAAAUUCCCUGGCCGGAUGUUCUUCCCGCGCUGCAAUCCCUAUCUCGAGGACCCCAUGAACUUUUCGUCCACGCGAACGGAUCCACACGAUUGCAGCUCGAUUUGGUGAAAGCGGCGGGGUUGAAAUGGAUUUUCGAUAUGUUGUUCUCGAGUCAGUUGGUGGGGGUGUACAAACCCGAAAGAAAAAAUUACGAGUGGGUGAUGGGGGUGUUGGGGCUGGAGCCGCGGGAAUGUGUCACGGUGGCGGCGCAUACGAGUGAUUUGAAAGGGGCGAGGGAGGUGGGGAUGAGGACGGUUUAUGUGAGAAGGUGGACGGAUGAUAUUCAUGAUGAUCAGGAGAUAAUUAAACGUGAAAAUGAUGCGUAUUUGGAGAACAUGGAGGACUUGGGAAAGGUGAUUAGGGAAUUGUAGGGAAAGAAAAGAAAAAGAAAAAGAGAAAGAAGAAGGAUACGGAAAGGAUAAGUGUGGUGUGUUCUUCAGUGGGAAGUUACAAUACUAUAUAGAAUCGAGACAUUUGAUCUUCUGGGAACACGAGAAGAGGGAAAGGGGGAGAAUCAAGCUCAGUCGAUCAACUUAUACCUCUCCAAGUAGCUCAAUCUUAUGAGUGAUUUGGAUUAGAUUGUUUGACAAAAUUUCGCCAAGUUUCAGAGGGGGGAGACUUUGUAUUUCCUGACACAUCGUACCCGGUGCAUGAACCAUAGGAAAUACAAGUUUAUCA